UAUUUAUAUAACGACGUAUACCAAUAAGGGGUGAAGAUAUAAAGGAAGUCGACCUUUUAAACGAUUCAAACAGUCGCCAUGCUAAAACCCAGCUUAGUUGUGCGAUCUCUCAAGUUUCGCACUAGUAUCAAGUACCCUUCUUUAGUAUCCUAUAAUAAAUUGCCAUGGGAGCUCAUCAACCAUGAGACGCCCGCGCUCCACAUGUAUCUUGCCCCGCAUUAUCAGCAGUUGCUAACACUCGCAUCCCUUGUGCAAGUUCCCCACUUAGCCGCCAAGUCCCACCCUGUACUUGGGGAGCAUCAGAGACUUCAGAUGUUACCUGGGAUGGUGUAUUUUCUGCCCCAUGAUACGAUACCAGAGGGCUUUACACCGCACGACGUCGCAGACCCCACCGCCAUGCAGUACUACGGCACGCUUACUCACACCAUCGCCUCCAUUCUUCGCGUGCGCCUGCUCACGUCGGAUGACCUACGGUUGCUGUGUUUGGCUAUAACCUUUGAGGACUCCCUGCUCGACGUGGCCUCGUCAUCUACCCUAGAGCUUGUGGGUGCGGGAGGGAAGUCCAUCUUUACCUUCUACCAUUACUUUCGGCCGAACCGCCCCGCGACGGAGCUCACGCGGCCUCUUGAGAAGUACUAUCAGCACCGACCGCAGCUCACGAUGUUGGGGUCGUUUGCGGACGGGACGUCAUGGGAGCCGCGCCUUGCCACGCCUGAGCACACAAGGAAGCUUACACCACCCGUACCGUAUCGGCCCCCACGAAGUUAUCUCAUGGGUCUGGCUGAGCGCUUGGCGGUGGUUCCCGGUAGCUGCUUUGGACGACGGUCUUUGAUGUGGGGCCACUGGUUCUAAUGAAACGGGCUCCAUUUGGUCGAUAGGGCAUAUUCCAUCUUCACAUGCAAAGGUUUGUGCUUUGUUUGUUUGUUCAUUUCCUUUGGUGCACUCAGCGAUUGGGCGCUGGUAUUCCUUUCCUUUGGGGAUGGUGGAAUGACUCUAAACUGCAAAUGGCCGUCUAUUUCUGAUUUUGCGAAAUACGUCAGUUAUUGUAUCAGAAGCGCUUAAGGCUUCUAUGCGGACUCA